GGCGUAUUGAGUGAAAUUGAUAAGACCCGUAUCAAAUCCAAAAUUUUGUCAAAACAAGCUACCGUCAGUAACAAUUUAGAAGCUUGUCGAUUCAACAACAUGUCUAAGAUAGCCUUUUUGCUGGUGAUCCUUCAAGUCGUCACCAUACUGAACGCCAAAAGUCAAGGUCGCAUCGUCGGCGGACAGCUCGCCGAACCGGGACAAUUUCCGUACCAAGUUUCGUUGCGAUCCGCAAAGAACGCCCACUUUUGCGGUGGAUCUGUUAUCAGCGAACGAUGGGUGCUGACCGCGGCUCACUGUAUCGUUGGUAGAUCUCCGGUUAAUACCCGGAUCGUCGUGGGAACGCACCUGUUGGAUAGUGGUGGAAUCUACUAUGGGGUGGCUCAGAUGGUUGUUCAUGAGUUGUACGACGCGAGUACGAGGGCGUUUGACGUUUCGCUUCUUCAGACGGAAUCUACGAUAUUGUUUAGUGAUUUGGUACAGCCUAUCGCUUUGGGAGCUGGGUUUGUGAAUCUAGCCCAUGGAGCGGUUCUGUCCGGUUGGGGACAACUUGAGUGGACCGACGUCGGAAUGUCGAACGAGUUGAGGUGGUUGAAUACGAGCGUAAUUAUGCUGGCAGACUGCAGACAAGGAUCUUCGUCGACCGUUGCACCGAACAUCUUCCUUCACAAGUUGUGCACAUUGAGUCCAGAAGGACAGGGAAUGUGCAUGGGAGAUACCGGUGGUCCGUUGGUGCUGGACGGUGUUCAGAUUGGUAUUGGUUCCUGGGGUAUUCCGUGUGGGUUUGGUCAUCCGGACAUUUACGACCGGGUUUCGUCCCAUCGAGCUUGGAUCUCGGCUAAUAUUUUGUAGUCUGUCUAUUCCAAGAUGUCAAGAAGAAUAUGUUUUAACGA